AUGCUGCGUGUCUGGGCAGCUUCUGGGCAAGAGCUGGCGAUAGACACGCAGGAGGUCAGCGACGUGCUGAGCUUGAAGCGGCUACUGCGCAGGUCCUAUCAUUUUCCGGUGUGCCUGCAGCAGCUAUUACAUGGAGUGAGUUGCUUGGACAACAUGGCCCAGCUGGAGGCGCCUGCUGACCUGCAGCUGGUGUUGCUGAGAGUCUCCAGUGCGGCGCAGAGGCGCGACUCCCUGUGCGAGCUCGUGGACUACGCUGCCUUGCACGGCCACGUCGAGGUGGCGCGCUUUCUGGUGGAGGCAGGGACUGAGGUGGAUUCCUUGGACUGCACGGGCAUCGCGGCUCUCAGCUGCGCCGCGUCGAAGGGCCACGCCGAGAUGGUGCGUCUUCUUCUGGCCGCCGGUGCCGACAAGGAUCUUCAAGACGGCUGUGGCAUGACCGCCCUCAGCCACGCUUCCCUGAAGGGACAUGUGGAGGUUGUAUGCUUGCUGGCGCAAGCCGGUGCCGACACGGACUUGCAGGACACCGCGGGCAUGACUGCUCUUAGCCUGGCGUCGAUGGAAGGGCACACAAGGAUCGUGGAGGAGCUGCUGAAGGCCGGGGCCGACAAAGACCUGCAGGAUCAUCGUUUCGGCACGACGGCCCUGAUCCAUGCAGCUGCCCAGGGUCACCUCUUGGUGGCAGAGGCGCUCGUCAGGGCCGGGGCAAACAAGGACCUGAGGAACAGCUCGGGCAUCACUGCUCUUGCACACGCGGCGAAUGCGGGACGCGCAGAGAUGGCGCGACUGCUCCUGGAAGCAGGUGCGGACAAGGAUCUGCGAGCCUUCUCCGGCGCGACGCCGCUUCUCCUCGCAUCUUCCAAGGGGCACGUGGAGAUCGUCCGCUUGCUGCUGGGCGCCGGCGCUGACAUGGACGUGGAAGACCGCCUCGACGGCACGACCGCCCUGCACCAGGCCGUGGCGCACGGCCACGUGGCGGUCGCGCGCCUGCUCGUUGAGGCAGGCGCCGGCGUGGACGUGAAGGACUGCAUGGACGGCAUGGCGGUCCUCAGCCGCGCAUCCUCCGAUGGCCAGGUUGCCAUGGUCCGUCUCCUCUUAGAGGCAAGAGCCGAAGUUGACUCUCGGGACCGCCAUGGCUGCACGGCCCUCAUGAAAGCCUCACAGAACGGCCAUGCCAAAGUCGCACGGCUGCUGCUGGAGGCGGGCGCGAAGGACUGGCAGUCGCAGGCCAUGCUUGGCUUUGCUGGGUUCCAAGGUGGCCCAAAGCGCCUCCCCUCAGCACCACUAGGAUGUUACUGGGCAUCCCUGACCCAUGGCAUCCCUCCGCUGUUUCAGGGUGCUCGCAUCCUAACUGCUACCCGAUAUUGCAUCGUGGUGCUAGCCACCAACUCGGCGGCCACCGGGCGCAGGGACAUCGCCACAGAGUUUGUGUGGGUGACCGACGUCUUCCCUCCAAAGGACUUGGCCUACCCGGACCCACCCCUGUACUUGGUGAAGGACCAGCCCAUGGCGCCGAUGUCGCCAACCGUAACGACGGCCGAGUGCAGCAGCCUGAAGUCGGUCGCCAACACGGUGCCCCAGUACAACGCCUCCGACUGUUUGGUGCAGAACUACGACAUCCAGCCGCCGCUGCCGGCGGGGCUCUCCUUGGAUGCGAAGACAGGGGUCAUCUCGGGCACGCCGACGGAGCUGCUGCCGCGCCCGGAGGUUUUCCUGGUCACGGCCACGAACGGAGGUGGCAAGUCGAGCGCCUUCAUCUCCCUGGCCAUCAUCGGCAACCUACUGGGCGCGAGCCUGUCCAGCUGCCUCCAUGCGCCCACGACCUCCGAGCUCGCCUUUGAUUGCAUCGUUGUCUUGAUUGCGAAAUGA